AUGAUCCACCUGCCCGACGAGCUCAUCCUCAACAUAAUCUCUUACCUCGAACCCGCCGAGCUCGUCAACCUCCAACACGUCUCCCGCGCCUUUCUUUCCCUCUCGCGCGACAACAAUCUCUGGAAGUCUCUCUGCUUCUCCCAUUCUGCCGCUGAACGCCGUCGCCGCCGCCUCGACAUCACGCCUGCCGACAUCGACCCCCGACUCGCUGAGCUCAUACGCGCCGCCGAUACUCUCUCCAACACAUUCGAUACCUCGGUGCACGACACAGAUGCGCCGAGCGCUGACGUACAGCAGCAGAGGAACGCCGGCAGGAGACGCCAGGCGUUGAUAGCCAACUGGGAUCCUAGUUAUCCUGACGAGAGGGUGAAUUGGUACGACGACUUUAUUCAGAGGCAUGCCGAGCCAAGGCUGAGUUGGUUUCAAGAUGCUGGGACCGAGGGGAAAGAGCAUGGGGAUGUGAGGAGGGAGGCUACGGGCGCGGGUGUCUUGUUCGAUCAGCAUGGCCUGGCGGAUAAGCUUGUCGCGCCCCUAGACGAUGGCCGGAUAUGUAUCUGGGACGCCUCUGCAGCCAGCGACCGCCAGGGAACCCUGAUUGCCAAGUCUGAUAUCGGGUUACUGGCGAACCGGGGAAGCGAUCUGGACUACGACACGAGACUUGGGCAGAGCCACGCCAUCAUGACGGAAACGGGUGCGGUAGAGUGCGUGAGCAUAGACAGCAAGUUGGCCAAAGGCUUCUUCGCUGUCAAGAACGAGCUGGUCGAGACAGAUCUGAAUACGCUUCAAAUCGUCUCGCGCACGCCGUAUCCGUUUCCCAUCACCGCGCUGAGCGAAGCACAUCACAGCACGCCCUUGACGAUUGGAACAAACUGGACGCUGCAUCUGCACGAUAGCCGGAAACCGCCUGCGCCACCUUCUUCUUCGGUGCGUUGCGAACUCAUUGGCGGACCGGCAGAUAACGACUUCUCGCGCCUCGAUACCGGGGACCUACACGGCCAUGUCAGCCUGUCCCAGCCCGGCGCGCUGUCUAUCCUCCAUCUGCCCACGACGCGCGAGUGGGACGGCAACGGCGAUAUCUGGGUCGCUGGCCGCUUCACCUCGAUGCUAAACUUUGAUCGGAGAUAUUUUCCCCGUCUGCGCGGUACUGUGCACUCGGGCGCUCGUCUGUCUUGCCUUGCUGCCUUCCCUCACCCUUUUGUGCCGCAUCAUCUGCGUCUUGGUACCCCUUACGCCAAUCCGUCUCUCCUCCACGACGUCAAAUCUACAAGGGGGUUUACCUUGAUCGCAGCGGGCGAGUACAAGGGUAAAGGCAGUCUGGAGCUGUAUGGUCUAUCUGGCGAACCGGAGAGGAGUAUCAAUUCGAGCGAUAGCCGCACGACAACAUCCGGGGGCCGUGGCGGUCGCUCAAAAGCAUACUAUCAAAACCGGCAGACGGCUAGUAGCUCCAAACUCUUGUCUGUGGCGCCACAUGGGACUCGUCUGGUUUUUGCAGAUGGAAAUGGAGGAUUGAAGUGGGUGGAGAGGGACGGCUCGACGCCUGUGAGGCAGCUCAAUAUCAACGAUUUUCAACGACGGCCAAAGGAUGGUUCUGUUUCUACUCUGGAGCAGCAGCAUGAUCAUGGUAACCUCGUAAACGCGACGCCAGAUUCAGAGGCCAGUUGGGGCGACAUUGUCCAGAAGAUUCUUCCUACUACAACAACAACAUCCCAAUACGCACCAGAGUCUACCGAGUCGUUCUCUUGCCUAGGCCUGAAUAACCUGGUGCUAUGGACGGGGGAUGGAAGAUUGGGGCUUUUGGGCUUUGGCAAGGAGCCGCCCAUGGCGAGGGAUGUUUUUGAGGAUGCGUUGGAAGUACAGGGGGAGAGUAUGGAGGGGGGACACCAAGGGGACAAAGUUAAGGAGAGGCAGUAUGACGUGGAGAUGAGGAGGGCGUUGGAGCAGCAGGCUAGGGAGUUGAGGUGGUUGAGGGGAUAUGGGCUUUAA